AUGAUUGCGAAACCUGCCACUGAGGCCGGGGAGUACGAAGUCCUCGACCAAUACCAGUCUCAACCACGACGGCUCAAAAUCAUCCACGUCGGCGCCGGCGCCUCGGGACUGUUGCUAGCGUACAAGGCUCAGCGGCAAUUGCGCAACUACGAACUCAUCUGCUAUGAAAAAAAUCCAACUUACGGCGGAACAUGGUACGAGAACAAAUACCCGGGCUGCGCGUGCGACAUUCCCGCCCACGUCUACACGUACACAUUCCAGCCCAACACGGAGUGGUCGGGCUUCUACUCCGGCGCGGACGAGAUCGAGCAAUACUUCCGGCGAUUCCACGACCAGCACAACUUGGCGCCAUACAUCCGGCUGGACUCGGAGGUCGUGAGCGCGACGUGGCUCGAAGAUGCCGGUGAAUUACAAGUCAAGGUCAAGAAUGCAGCCAACGAAAACGAAACAACGACAAUCACAGACCGGUGCAACGUUUUGAUCAACGGCUCCGGCGUCGUGAAUAAGUGGAAAUGGCCCGCCAUCGAAGGCAUCUCCUCAUACAAGGGCACCCUCGCGCACAGUGCGAAAUGGGACACCUCGAUCGACUGGCAAGGCAAGAAAGUGGCCGUGCUAGGCACGGGCUCGAGCUCCAUCCAAAUGGUGCCCCAUCUAGCCAAAGGCAAGCCGUUAAACACGCUCUUUUUGCCUUGA